AACAAUGAUUUUGCCUCGAAGAAGCUCGAUUACCAUUUUAAACCUUUCGCAAAAAUUACACGAAUUUUUUAAGAUAAUUUUUAUUAUAUUUAAUUUAGCUUACAGCAGGAGAUUUAAGUAGCAAAGACAACAACGAGUAAUACUCAUUAGUGGACAUAUCGAACUCAGUUAUUUAGAAACAUAGUGUAUUACCAUUAUGAAAUAAAACCAGUGUAAACUAUGGAAAUAAGCACGAAAAAUUUAUUAUCAGUCAAUAUUUGCAUGCCCCUCUCUCAGCAAAUCAAAUUCAAUAUAUCUUUGGAAUUUGUAGUAUUAACAUAACCUUAUAUGUGUCAGAUUUGUUUACACUUGUAUUUUAAAUUGAAAAUAUUUAGUUUAUAUUGGAUAUAUAUGUAGUAAAUUGAUAGUCCAAACUCUUAUUUCGAUGGCUAAGAAUGGCACAAUAUUUUAUCCAAUCAUCAGCUCCAUACAAAAAUUAGCAUUAUAUGAGACAAAGUCUAGAUAUUUACGAUGAUAAAGUGGAAUAUUCAGCCGAAGAAAUAAGAGACCUGGUUAGCAUGAUUGAGUCUGGAAAUCGUAAAGCUGGAGCCAGUGGAAUUACCAGGUAUAUUUCUGCGUUCGGGAUUGUUGGUUUCAUCCAGUUUUUAGAAGGAUAUUACAUAAUUUUAAUAACAAAACGCAGGAAGGUAGCGGUAAUCGGUCAUCACACUUUGUAUAAAAUUGAAGACACUAUCAUGAUAUAUAUCCCGCACGAUUCUGUUAGAAUAAAUCAUCCUGACGAAUCUCGAUAUUUAAAAAUGUUUCAAAGUAUCGACUUGGCAAGCAACUUUUAUUUCAGUUAUAGUUACGAUUUAACGCACAGUUUACAACACAACUUAACCGAACCAAAGCAAUUUGUAGCCCGCGAUCUCAAUUUGGAACCGAAUCAAGUUGACCUCGAAUCUGGUGAUUAUACUAAACUCCUAACACAGUCGGUGAUCUCCCAAGGCAGUGCGAACGAUUGUAAAGAGACUCAACAUUUUGGCAUUCGAACCUAUCCCCAUAAGAAAUUUGUGUGGAAUUUACAUUUACUAAAUGAAGAAUUGAAAGCUGAUCUGCAUCCAAACUGGAUUCUCUUCAUUACACACGGAUUUGUAAGUCAGAGCAAUAUCAAUGUAUUCGGAAGACCGUUAUAUUUAACGCUAAUAGCCAGAAGGUCCAGCAAAUAUGCAGGAACUAGAUUUCUUAAACGAGGCUCAAAUUUUCAAGGAGAUGUGGCUAAUGAGGUGGAAACAGAACAAAUCGUGUAUGACUCUGCAGUGUCCUCUUUAAAUUCAGGCCAUUUUACUUCAUUUGUCCAAAUGAGGGGCUCUAUUCCAGGCCAUUGGAAACAGGAUAUGGGAAAAAUGGUAGGAAAACCAGCAAUUACAAUAGAUUUUUAUGAUCCAUUCGCCGAGACCUCUGGUGCUCAUUUCAAUGAGCUUCUGAAAAGAUAUGGCGCGCCAAUAGUGAUUCUCAAUUUGGUUAAGAAAAGAGAACGAAAACCACAGGAGUCAAUGUUAAGCGACGAGUUAAGCACUGCCGUUAAAUAUUUGAAUCAAUUCCUACCUGUUGAACAUCAGAUUGUUUACAAGACCUUUGAUAUGGCGCGCAAGAACAAGAGCAAUUCGAACGUUAUGGAGCAGUUAGCAGGAAUAGCGAAGAAUGCCGUAACAAAAGUGGGAAUUUUUCACAAUCAGCGAACCUAUUUUACGCAAAAACCCAGCACAGUAAUUGGGAAGACUGAAAAGCAAGUCAGCGGUAGGCAAACAGGGAUUGUCAGAACAAACUGUGUGGAUUGUUUGGAUAGAACGAAUACCGCCCAAUUUGCAAUAGGAAAGUGUGCGCUAGGUUAUCAACUUUGCGCUCUGGGAGUAUUGGAUACUCCUAACUUAGAAUUCGACACGGACUGUGUCCGAAUGUUAGAAUCUUUGUACGAAGAUCACGGCGAUACUUUAGCAUUGCAAUACGGAGGCUCGCAGUUGGUUCACAGAAUCAAAACUUACAGAAAAACCGCUCCUUGGACGUCACAGGGAAACGAUAUAAUGCAGACUCUUAGUCGAUAUUACAGUAAUACGUUUUCUGAUGCGGAAAAACAAAACGCCAUUAAUCUGUUUCUGGGAUUGUUCAAACCUUCGGAAAAUCAAGCGCAGAUUUGGGAAUUCGCCAGCGAUUAUUAUUUCCAUCAUAAGCCGAAUAUAUUUAGCUUGAAGUCGUUAACUCAAUGGUGGGAACCUGGAGUCUAUGGUUGUCUCCCUUAUGCAUACAACGAUGUCACUAAAGCCUGUUUCGAAUUAGUGCAGGUUCACUCGAAUGACGUGGAAAUGAUUGACUCUUAUGUUGAUUUUUACAGGCCAAAUGAGUUUAACGUUCUAUCCGAAGUAUUUGCUAUUAAACUAAGUAGUACAGUUGAUUUUAUGCCUAUUUGCACAGUAAAUUAUAGUCCUUUUGCUGUAAGAGCAAGACCUGAUAAAAGGCGAGAGGAAACUCUACUAAAAGGAAAUACAUCGAAAAAUCCCUCUGUAACUGGCCAAAGUUCUACAAGUUCAGCAGCCUCAAGUACAAGCUCAAGUAGCGAUGAGGACUCAUCAGGAGAUGAAGAUAGUUUGAAUUCAGAUGCAACACGUGAUACUUUUUCAAAGGAUUCAACUCCUGAGCCCAUAACAUUUAAGUAUCUGUUCCCUUCAACAGAAGAGGUUUAUGGUUUUCAAAUUAAAAAACCUUCUCGUGAAGAUAUUUUGAUAUAUAAAAAAUAUGUUUUGACUGGAAAAAGAGCAAAUGGCACUGCACAUAGUGCAUUUUUAUCCAAUAAAACGGGCAUUAAGCCAGUGUCUUGCUUCUUGAAAGACGAUGCUUAUGAAGUCAAACCACCUAUCGUGAACCAAAAGUCUAUUGAGAUUUAUCAGAAUUAUGUAGCCCUUGGUAAAUAUGGACCUAAAAUCCCUGAAAGGGCUGAUAUUGCUAUGUAUGCAAAAUAUGCUAGUUUAAAGUAAUUUUAUUUUUUUGUGGAAUUGAAACUCGUGUAAAAUGUGAUAUGUAUAUCUUCGGUGUGAUGGAGAUUUUAUUCGAGUGCACAUUCCUUUGGGUGCCAGAUUAGUAGGCACACCUUUUGCUAAGGUAUGCUCAAAUGUUUGCUAUUUAACUAGUACUAGUAACUCAAUAAUCAAGUAGUUAAGUUGAAAGCAAAUUGUUGAUUGAAAUUAUGUUGUUAAAAAUAGUUUUCGUCGAAUAAAUAUAUGGAGUCUUUUUGAAAUA